AUGGCAUGGCUAACACGCGACAAGUGGCAGUUCAAGUUCUUCGACGUCUCACAGGUCAAGCUCCCCGAUGACGACUCCAGCUCCAACACCUUCCUCUCCGAGAUUGGAAACAUUACGUGUAUAGUCUCAGGAUCUGAGAGCAUUUUCUCGGGCAGUGCAGAUGGAACCGUCCGCAUUGUGUCGCAGGCCUUCAAGGUCGUGCGCGCAUUCAAGGCCUACGACGCAGGCGCAAUUACCCACAUGAAGCAGAUCGAGGGAACAUCGCUGCUAGUCACCAUUGCCGAAGAUCUCUCUGACGAACCUGUGCUGAAAGUAUGGGCUCUCGACAAGUUGGAGAAGAAGACGGGCAUGCCGCGAUGUCAGAGUACUCUCACGGUUCACAACGGCCGCAAGCAGUUCCCCAUAUCAGCUUUCGCAGCCUUGGACGACUUGUCGCAGCUUGCUGUCGGGUUUGCAAAUGGCGCAGUCACAGUCGUAAGAGGCGACCUGAUUCACGAUCGUGGAGCGAGACAACGAACAGUAUUCGAAUCGGAAGAGCCCAUUACUGGCAUCGAGCUCCGUCAGGGAAGCAUCACCACCCUCUAUAUCGCAACGACCGCACGCAUAUUGACUCUCGUCAUAUCUGGAAGAGGACAAGGGCAGCCGGCAAAGUCAUUAGACGAGUAUGGCUGCAGUGUCGGCUGUAUGGCUGUAGAUAAAACAACUCGAGACGUUGUGGUGGCGCGAAACGACGCUAUUUACUACUACGGUCAGCAUGGAAGGGGCCCGCCAUAUACAUACGAAGGAGAGAAGAAGUUGAUAUCGACCUACAAAGACUACGUUGUAAUUGUAGCGCCACCCAAGACCAACGCAAUGCCUAGGUCGAAUCCACUCAGAACUUUUGGUGUUGGCGCGACGGACGAUGUCUUCAAUACGUCCACCUUCACACUGCUCAAUACCGAGCUUCGUUUUGUGGCCCAUCAAGAGCAAUUAACGUCGCAGGUCAAGGCGAUCGUGUCGGAGUGGGGCGAUUUGUUUGUCUUCACCAUCGAUGGAAAGAUUUUCAAGUAUCACGAGAAGCCAUUUGCACAGAAGCUAGACAUUCUGUACCAGCGCAAUCUUUAUGUUCUUGCCAUCAACCUGGCACAGAAGGCCGGCCUCGAUUCUUCACAACAAAAUGUCAUUUUGAGAAAGUUUGGCGACUACUUGUACUCAAAACAAGACUACGAUACCGCCAUGCAGCAGUACCUGAAGGCGAUUGACAACACAGAGCCUUCACAGUUCUUGGAUACACAACGCAUCCACAACUUGAUCGAAUACCUUGAAGAGCUUCACGAUCAUCACAAGGCCACAUCUGAUCACACCACUCUUCUCCUCAAUUGCUACGCCAAACUCAAGGAUGUGGAGAAGCUUGAGGAGUUUAUAAAAUCGCCGGAUGAUCUCAAAUUUGAUCUAGAUACUGCCAUUUCCAUGUGCAGACAGGGUGGCUACUACGACCAGGCAGCUUUCCUAGCACGAAAACACGGCGAGCAUGAGUUGGUAGUGGAUGUACUGAUAGAAGACUCGCAUCGUUUCGCGGAAGCUUUGGCCUACAUUUGGCGAUUAGAACCAGAGGUGGCUUACUAUAACCUCAUGAAGUACGCAACGGUGCUCCUGCAACAUGUGCCAAAGGACACUACCCAACUAUUCAUCGACUACUAUACCGCCAGCUUCCGCCCCAAGAAAGAUGCUAUCAUCAUUCCUGAUGCUCCGUCUUCUGGUGGAGGUGGUGGAAUUGGCAUGGGGCUUGGUGUGGCUUCGAGCGCUGUCCAGAAUCUUGCUGCAUUGCUACCACUACCCUACAUGAACUCGAAUGCAUUGGCUUCACCUCCAAAUGGAGAGCAAAAAGGCAUCAUGAGUCAAGCUCAAAUCAUCGAAACGAACACAGAUGAGCCAGCGCCAGAGUACAAAGUGCCUAAGCCACGCACGGCGUUCUCAGCCUUUGUCGAUCACCCACAAGAAUUCAUCGUCUUUCUCGAGGCGUGCAUCAAAUCGGAGAAUAUGCGCGAGGACGAUAGAGUCGAUCUUUACACUACACUUUUCGGCAUGUACCUACACACAGCGUCAUCGAAGAAAGAUGGUGAGCGACAAGAAUGGGAGAACAAAGCAAAGAAACUGGUAGAAGGCAAGGAUAAACCAAUCGAUACCUCCAAUGUACUCCUCCUUUCACAUCUUUCCGACUUUCGCGACGGUGCCAUUCUGGUCCGCGAACAACAAGGCCUUUACUUCGACAUCUUCCGCUCCUUCACUGCCGCAAAAGAUACCCAAGGCGCCAUCCGCGCACUUCGAAAAUACGGCCCAGAAGAACCCGCCCUCUAUCCCGCAGCUCUUGCCUACUUUACCUCCUCCUCCGAGAUCCUCUCCGAAGCUGGCGAUGAGCUCGACUCCGUCUUAAAACGCAUUGACGAAGACGGCCUCAUGGCGCCCCUACAAGUCAUUCAAACCCUCUCUACGAACGGCUUUGCAACAAUGGGCAUGAUAAAAUCCUACCUCAGCGCCACCAUCGAGCGCGAACGCGAAGAGAUUGCGCAAAACCGCCGUACAAUCGAAACCUUCCGCGCCGACACGGAGACCAAGAAGAUGGAGCUCGCCAAUCUCAACAGCAAACCCGUCAUCUUCCAGACGUCGCGCUGCCAGAUUUGCAGCAAGCCAUUGGAACUACCGGUAGUGCACUUUUUGUGCAAACAUAGCUUCCACCAGAGCUGUCUGAGUACGGACGAGGAUGUGCAUGAUGCCGAAGUCGAGUGCCCGCUUUGUAGUGCGAAUAAUGCAACAGUCAAGGCGAUCCGGCGUGCACAGUUGGAGAGCGCAAAUAGGCAUGAUUUGUUCCAGGAUGCGUUGAAGAGGGGGAAAGAUGGGUUUGCGGUAAUUAGUGAGUGGUUUGGGAGAGGGGUGAUGGGGGUCGGUGGCACCGAUUAG